AUGACUACUACCACAACCCCAGAAAGUACAACAGCUUCUACAAGCACCACCACGCCUUCAAGGACAACCACCACUCAGGUUCCAUCUACAACAACUGAAAGUAGCACAACAUCAACAAGUACACAACCCCCAACGAGUACAAGCACCACAACUGAGGCCACCACUACCUCAACAACGGAAACGACUACAACUACAACAAGUACUCCAGAGACGACUUCGACAACUUCUACAAGCACCACCACGCCUUCAACGACAACCACCACUCAGGUUCCAUCUACAACAACUGAAAGUAGCACAACAUCAACAAGUACACAACCCCCAACGGGUACAAGCACCACAACUGAGGCCACCACUACCUCAACAACGGAAACGACUACAACUACAACAAGUACUCCAGAGACGACUUCGACAAGUACGUCUACAACCACAGCUUUGCCAACGAGCACAAGCACAACUGAAGCCCCAACUACUUCAUCAACAACACUGAGCAGCACUGCAAGUACAAGUACGGAGAGUAGCAGCACUUCUACUACUUCUACAAGCACCACCACGACUUCAACGACAACCACCACUCAGGUUCCAUCUACAACAACUGAAAGUAGCACAACAUCAACAAGUACACAACCCCCAACGAGUACAAGCACCACAACUGAGGCCCCCACUACCUCAACAACGGAAACGACUACAACUACAACAAGUACUCCAGAGACGACUUCGACAAGUACGUCU